AUGAACCCCCUCAUCCUCCUCACCACCCUCUUCUCCAUCCUCGCGUUCGGCGCCGCUCUCCCAGCCAAUGCUCCCGCGGCCGCAGUCACCGUCUCCUUCGCAGGCAACACCGAGUGCGCUCCCGGCAACAUUCCUGAAGCCAGCGUCUCCGGCUGCGUCACCUUCCCACCCGGCACGCAGAGCCUGCGCGUCACGGGCGUGCAAGGCGGUGGCAUUCGGUACAACAGCCGUACUGCGCGUCUACAACAGCGCUGA